UUGACUGUCCUCCUGCUCAGUAGCCAUGAUGCUUAGCAGCUCUGUCGAGGUGCCCAGUCCCGUCCACGGUGGCAUGUCCGGUCUCUCCGGGAUGAGGGUGGCAGUGGUGGGGAACGUCGUCCGGUCCUCCAGUAUCUCGGGAGCCAUGUACAGCCUGGAGAAGAGUCCCGGGAGUGGCGGUCGGCCGGGAGAGGUGGGGACGCUGGCCGGAAACAAGAAGAGACGCUCAAGCCUUGGAGCCAAGAUGGUGGCCAUCGUGGGUCUGUCGCAGUGGAGCAAGAGCACUCUGCAGCUCAAUCAGCAAGAAGAACGAGCGAAGAAGUUACGCAGUACGAUCAGACGGAGCACGGAGACGGGCAUCGCUGUGGAGAUGAGAAACCGAGUCACGCGACAGGGUAGCAAGGAGUCCACCGACGAUAGCACCAACUCCAACAGCUCAGACGGAACGUUUAUCUUCCCCCCUACUCGUAUGGGUCCAGAGAGCCAGUUUAGUGACUUCCUGGAUGGACUAGGCCCCGCCCAGAUCGUAGGCCGACAGACACUAGCCACUCCCUCCAUGGGUGACGUCCAUGUGGGUAUGGUGGACAGAGGAGGCCAGCUAGAGGUGGAGAUCAACCAGGCCAGAGGACUGACCCCUAAACCAGGGUCAAAGAACAUCCCAGCAACCUAUGUAAAGGUGUAUGUGUUGGAGAAUGGGGCAUGUCUGGCUAAGAAGAAGACCAGAGUGGUGAAGAAGACUCUAGACCCCUCCUACCAACAGGCCCUGCUGUUUGAAGAGAGUCCUCAGGCCAAAGUCCUACAGGUGAUUGUGUGGGGUGACUAUGGGAGGAUGGACCACAAGUGUUUCAUGGGCAUGGCUCAGAUCAUGCUGGAUGAGUUGGACCUUGGUGCCACGGUGAGCGGAUGGUACAAGCUGUUCCCCACCUCGUCUCUGGCUGACCCCAGCAUCGGACCCCUCACACGGCAACUGUCCCAGUCCUCACUGGAGAGCUGUGCCACCAGCCCCUCUUGUACCUAGACAGAGAGAACUAUAUACUCACACUCACACUCACACUCACACACAGACACACACACACACACACACACACACACA